UUAACCUUAAUAUGCCAUUCAUUAUUUGUUAUUUAUUAAUUUUAAGUCUGUCCUAAAUUAAAUAUUGCUGUUAGUUCAACGUUUAUUUCUAACAGUAAUAAAAAUAUAAGUUAAAGGAAAAAGUUCCAAGUUCCUAACGAGGUAAAAACAGAGAAAGGAAAACGUUGAUUGUAUUAAAAUGGGAAUUCCUAAAGAUGGUGUGGAGCAAUUGCGUCUUUGGAGAGAAAACAAUGAAAGGAAAAGUGAAGAAGUAUUAGAAAUUUGGUUGGAUUCACUUUGGUCAAAAGUUGACAGUUUGGGUACUGAGAAAUUCCUCGUUUUGGAACAAGUAUGUAUAGCUGCUCUGGAUUGUCAUGAACCUUAUGUUGCCAAAGCUACUAUAGAACAAUUAGCUGCUGAAUUUCCAAAGAGUUCAAGAGUGAAGAAAUUACAGGCAAUGUAUUUUGAAGCCAGAGAAGAGUUUGAAACAGCUUUAGAAAUCUUAGAUGGUAUUAUUGAAGCGGAUGAUACAAACAGUGCUGCAAGAAAAAGGAAGGUUGCUGUACUCAAGGCUCAAGGAAGAACAUCCGACGCUGUUAAGGAGUUGACAGAAUAUUUAAAAAUUUUUAUGGCUGAUUUUGAAGCAUGGCAAGAACUCUCAGAGCUAUACAUAUCUGAACAAGAUUAUAAUAAAGCUGCCUUCUGCGUUGAAGAACUCAUUUUGCACAAUCCUCACAAUCAUUUGUUGCAUCAACGUUAUGCUGAUAUAAAAUACACGCAAGGGGGAAUUGAAAACUGGGAAUCAGCCAAGGCAUACUACUCCCAAGCACUGAAGAUUAAUCCUAAAAAUAUGAGAGCUUUGUAUGGUUUAUAUCUGACAUCUUCAGCUUUGUCAUCAUCAUCCAAAUGUUCUGCGUUGAAAAAGAAAGAAGCUGCUAAAAUGGUAGACUGGAGUCUUAAAGAAAUUAAAAACAAAUAUAGUGAGGCAGAUGUAGUUGUCACAGCAUUAGCAGCAUUAGAAAUUUAAAUGAAUAUUGAACGUUAAGUAUGUAAUUUGUUAUUGAUAUAUUUUGUUUUAAUUUAAUUCAAAUAAUGUAAAAGUAUUCUAUUUA